AUGAGUGAAGACCAAGCAAAGAAAAUCUCAUCUGGAUCACCAAAAUCCCAGCUAGUAAAGCUCAAUGGUUCCAGUGUUGAAUUCAGUUUUGAUAACGAUGAGAAGGUUAAGACUGAAAACGAUGGAAAACAAAAGGGACUUAUUUUAAAGAAUUUGAAGAUAGCACUUUUUUUUUUUCAGCUGUCUUUUGCAACGUCAUGUGACUAUUUCUUUAUGAUUCUCGGUACGGUUACAUCGGUGGUACAUGGUGCUGGUUUCCCACUUUUGUCAGUUGUUCUGGGUGGUUUAACAACCAUUUUCCUUCGAGCCCAAAUAUCUGAUUUAGAAACUGGUGAACGCCUUACCAAUGAUAGUGAUGCAUCAUUACAGCCAAUAAAUCGACACGAUUUCGAUUCUCAUAUAAGAGAGUACUGUUUAUAUUAUUUGUUCAUUGGAAUACUAAUGUUCGUGACGUCGUACAUUCAGAUUUGGUGUUUUGAAAGUUUUGCCGAGCGAACGACGCACAAACUGCGGCAAAACUAUUUAAAGGCAAUUCUACGACAAGAAAUUGCCUGGUUCGAUGUCGAACAAACUGGAAAUUUAACUGCAAGACUUACCGAUGACUUAGAGCGAGUACGUGAAGGAAUUGGUGAUAAGAUGUCACUGUUGAUACAAUUAGUUGCAACAUUUAUAGUUGGAUUUGUCGUUGCUUUUACAUACAACUGGAAGAUGACAUUGGUGAUGUUGGCUUUUACGCCACUUCUGGCUGGGCUUGGUGCUUUCUUGGGCCGUAUAACAGCAACACGAACCCAAAUAGAGCAGGAAAAAUACGCGAUAGCUGGUGCAAUGGCAGAGGAAACGUUUAGUUCAAUACGUACGGUACUGUCGCUGAAUGGAACUAAUCAAGAAAUUUCAAGAUAUGAAAAAGCGCUUCAACAAUCUAUGAAGACAGGUCGAUUAAAGUAUUUAUACAUGGGAAUAGGUGUCGGAGCAAUGUUUCUUGUAACUUAUGCGUCUUAUGCAGUUGCAUUUUGGUUUGGUUCCAAAUUAAUUGUCGAUGAUCCAUCUAUUGAACGUGGUUCCGUCUUUACUGUAUUCUUUUCUGUAAUGUCAGGGUCGACCGCUUUGGGUGCUGCUUUGCCACAUCUUGCAACAUUUGGUAUGUGUAGAGGUGCGGCACGAAAAGUUUUGUCAGUUGUCAACUGCGUUAGUUUUCUUUACUACUAUUCAUUCAACUUUGAAAAUAAAGUUCCUCACAUCGAUCCUUAUUCAUCAGAAGGAACAUUCCCUGUCAGAGUGAAAGGAGCGAUUAGCUUUAAAAACAUUUCUUUCUCUUAUCCAAUUAGAAAGAAUGUGCAAGUAUUGGAUGAUGUAUCUUUUGAUAUAGAAGCAGGCAAAAAAGUCGCUUUAGUCGGGCCUAGUGGAUGCGGCAAAUCAACAUCUAUUAACCUUCUGCUUCGAUUUUACGAUCCCGAUGGUGGCACAAUAACAUUGGAUGGAUACGAUUUGCGUUCACUCAACGUAAAAGAAUUGCGGGAUUCAAUUGGAGUUGUAUCGCAGGAACCAAUCCUUUUUGAUGGUACUAUUGAAAGUAACAUAAGACUUGGGAAAAAAGAUGCUACUAAAGAAGAAAUAAUUAACUCAUGUAAAAUGGCAAAUGCUUGGCAUUUUAUUGAAUUACUUCCCAAUGGUUUGGAGACACACGUCGGUGAACGUGGUGUUCAAUUGUCUGGCGGUCAAAAACAGCGUAUAGCUAUUGCCAGAGCUUUAAUUAAAAAUCCAUCAAUCUUGCUUCUCGAUGAAGCUACUUCUGCUCUAGAUACGGAAUCAGAAUCUGUUGCUCAGAAAGGUCGUACAACAAUUUCUGUCGCUCAUAGGCUGUCUACUGUUAGAGACUGCGAUGAAAUUUUAGUUUUUCAAAAGGGAAAAAUUGUUGAACGAGGAACGCAUGAAGAGUUAUUUGCCCUUAAAGGCAUUUUUUAUUCGAUGGUCUUAGCACAGAGUAUUCACACAGCUAACGAAGCUGAAACCGAGGAUGAUACGUUAGAUGACGAAAAAUCAAUGGUUACCGAAAAUAUUACAAAUAGAAAAUUGUCUACAUUGAGCAGUUAUCAUUCCCGAAAUUCGCGUUUUUCACGGACAUCGUCGCGAGCUUCUUCAAUGAUCUCACAAUCGAUGCAAGUUCAUGAGCUUAGAGAAGCUGCAAAGGAAGUCCAUAUACACCCAGCUUCAUUGGGAAAAAUAUUUAAAGUUAACAAAGACUGCUGGCUGUUUUGGAUCCUUGGUUUUAUUGGAUCAAUUAUGAGUGGUAUCGUUCCACCGUUCUUUUCGCUCGUAUAUUCGCAGAUAUUUGAUGUAUACAGCUUACCGCCAGACAAAAUUGGGCCGAAAGCCUUAUUUUGGUCUAUGAUGUUUCUCGUUUGCGGUGUUGUUUGCGGUCUCGGUUUCUUUAUUUCGGCAAAUAUGUUAGGCUUAUGUGGUGAAACUAUGACUAAGGCGCUUAGGUCGAUGGCAUUCAUUAAUUUGAUGCGGCAGGAUAUUGCGUUCUAUGAUGAUACAAAACAUGCAACUGGAAAGUUAUGUACGCGGUUUGCUACAGAUGCUCCAAAUGUUCGCUAUGUAUUCACUCGACUGCCAGCCGUUAUCUCGGCUGUAGUUACGCUUGUGGGUGCGUUAAUUAUUGGAUUCAUUUUUGGAUGGCAGUUGGCUUUCAUUUUGCUAGCAAUAGUUCCGCUGUUGCUCGGAAGUGGCUAUUUUCAAAUGAAAAUGCAGUUCGGAAAAAAAUUGCGUGAUACAAAACUUCUUGAAAACGCUGGUAAAACUGCUACAGAAGCUGUCGAGCACAUUCGCACAGUUCAAGCUCUAAAUAAACAGAAGGUUUUCAUUGAUGAUUACCGCAAUAACCUAGAAAUACCAUUCAGGUUUAAUUUGCGUCAAGUGCAUGUUUAUGCUGGAGUAUUCGCCUUUUCUCAAUCACUUGUAUUCUUUAUGUAUUCGUUAUCAUUCUAUCUCGGUGCAGUUUUUGUUGAACAUGGUUUUAUGAGACCAAUCAACGUUUACAGAGUAUUCUUUGCUAUUGCUUUUUGUGGUCAGUCCGUAGGUCAGAUGAGUGCAUUUAUUCCUGAUAUCGUAAAAGCACGUCUUGCUGCAGCUUUAGUAUUUUAUCUUGCUGAAUAUCCGACUGCUAUUGACUCCUUGUCAAAAGACGGGAAGCAAAUGAAAAUCAAAGGCAAUAUACAAUUCAAGAAUGUUCAUUUUCGUUACCCGACUAGAAAAAAUGUACGAAUUUUGCGUGGCUUGAACUUGAACGUCAAAGAAGGCCAGACUGUGGCUCUUGUCGGGCAUUCAGGGUGCGGGAAAAGUACUGUUAUAAGUUUGCUGGAACGCUUCUACAAGCCUGAACGUGGUACAAUCCUUGUGGAUGGUGAGGAGAUCGAGAACAUAAAUAUUCAGUCUCUCCGAAGUCAAAUGGCAAUAGUUAGCCAAGAGCCAACGCUGUUUGACAGUACAAUUGAGGAGAACAUUUGUUAUGGUCUUCCAGCGAAAGCAACUCAUGACGAAGUGGUAAAAGCUGCUAAACUCGCCAAUAUUCACGACUUCAUUAUGGGGCUUCCUAUGGGUUAUGGAACGAAUGUUGGCGAGAAGGGAACGCAGUUGUCAGGUGGUCAAAAACAACGCAUUGCUAUUGCAAGAGCUUUGAUUAGAGACCCAUCUGUAUUAUUACUUGACGAAGCUACAUCUGCUUUAGAUACCGAAUCUGAAAAAGUUGUACAAGCUGCUUUGGAAGUUGCUCAGAAAGGUCGUACAUGUAUUGUUAUUGCGCACAGACUUUCAACAAUUCAAAACGCUGACGUUAUCUUGGUUGUUCAUGAAGGAAGAAUUACUGAAAAAGGCAAUCACUACCAACUACUCGAGCAACGAGGCAUUUACAAGAAGCUUUGCGAGUCACAAAUGUUAGUCGAAAAUAACUAG